UUAAUUACAAUAUAGAAAAAAAUAAAUGAAUUUACGUAAUUUUUGGUUAUAAUUAAUUAAUUAUUUACUUAUGUUAUGGUUAAGCAAUAAUUAAGAAUGGUUAGCGGAAUAAAUAAAAAGAUUUGGAAUUAUUUGUAUGACUCAAAAGGUCAACAAAAGUAAGGCCAUUCUAAACAAGUUUAAAGUCAGUAAAUUUUUCAAUGUUAUCAGGAUCAAUUUAAAUGUCUGUUUGGUCAACAAGUACGGCAGGUAUAGGAGAUUCAGGUGCAUUUUUCAAUCCGUUAAGGCGCAAUCAAAGUAGUGGAGGAAAUUGUUCAUGGUAUAAUCAAUCGUUACUGUUAAAUAAUAGACAAUAUAAAUUCUCAUCAGUAAGAAUGUCACAAAUGGAUGAUGGAGGCGGUGGAAAUGGUGGAGGCGGUGGUGAAGGUUUACAUACACCUUCAUAUUUAUCAUGGCGUAAAUUACAAUUAAGUCGUGCCAAAUUAAAAGCAUCAAGUAAAACAUCUGCACUAUUAUCAGGUUUUGCAAUGGUUGCAAUGGUUGAAGUACAAUUAAAUAGCGAUACAAAAGUACCACAAGAAGUGUUAGUUGCAUUCGCUAUCUGUACAACGUUACUCGUUGCUGUACAUAUGUUAGCAUUAAUGAUAUCAACAUGUAUUUUACCAAAUAUUGAUGCUAUCUGUAAUUUACAUUCGAUAUCGUUGGUACACGAAUCACCACAUGAACGUUUACAUUGGUAUAUUGAGACAGCAUGGGCAUUCUCAACAUUAUUAGGUCUAUUAUUAUUUUUAUGUGAAAUUGCAAUUUUAUGUUGGGUCAAAUUUUAUGAUUUCUCGAAAACAGCUGCAUGGUCUGCAUCAAUUGUUUUGAUACCAGUAUUAGUUAUAUUUUUAGCGUUUGCAAUACAUUUUUAUCGAUCGUUAGUUGAACAUAAAUAUGAGACGACAAUUAGUGGUAUACGUGAAUUAGAGUUAAUUAAGGAACAAAUUGAACGUGGUGGUGAUGACUUGUUGUUAUCACAAAAUAAUGGAUCCACUAGACCUGGUACUGGUUAUAAUGAAAUUAAUCAAUUGAUUAAUACACAUGUUGUCUAGUGUUACGCAUGUUUUUUAUUUUCGAUUUUAAACCUAAUAGUGCAGUUCAAUAAACUCCCAAGGAUGUUAUCUGACUUUUAAUUCUAAUUAUUCCAAGUUUAUUUGUAGAUAUUUACUUAUUUUAAACACUUUUAUUUGAUCGUAAUUAA